AUCCGAGUUGUCACUUGUCAAUUUAAGCGAUUGUUCCAUGUAAAAUAGUAACCACGUUUGCCUUACGUAUUGUUUUUAUAAGGUUUUUUACCACUGAAUACUUUACUUUUAUUAAAAACAUGGGUAAACUAGAUGUAGCUAUUUUGCGAUAUUUAACGCCAGAGGAUUUUCGUGUCUUAACUGCGGUGGAAAUGGGUAUGAAGAACCAUGAAAUGGUGCCGGGAUCUUUGGUUGCAUCUAUAGCUAACUUGCGCCACGGCGGAGUACACAAGCUUAUGAAAGAUUUGUGUAAACACAGACUUUUGACUUAUGAACGUGGUAAACAUUAUGACGGCUAUCGUCUUACAAAUGCUGGCUAUGACUACUUAGCAUUGAAGGCUCUUACAAAUAGAAAGGUGAUUGCGUCGUUUGGUAACCAGAUUGGAGUUGGCAAAGAGUCCAAUAUAUAUACUGUAGCUGAUGAAGAUAGGAAUCCUUUGUGCUUGAAGCUCCACAGAUUAGGUAGAACUUGUUUUCGAAACAUUAAAGACAAGCGAGACUACCAUGCUCACCGCAAUAAAGCCUCCUGGCUCUACCUCUCACGCAUAUCUGCGACCAAGGAAUUUGCGUAUAUGAAGGCAUUGUAUGAUCGCGAAUUUCCUGUACCGAAGCCGAUCGAUUUCAACAGACAUUGUGUUGUUAUGGAGCUUGUUACUGGUGGACCAAUGACACAUGUAACUGCAGUAGAAGAUGUCGAAGGAUUAUAUGAUGAGCUGAUGUCUUUGAUCGUACGAUUGGGUAACUGUGGCGUCAUACACGGAGACUUCAACGAAUUUAACAUAAUGAUAGACAAGGAUGGACAUCCAAUAAUUAUCGAUUUCCCACAAAUGGUUUCCACAAUGCACCACAACGCUGAACUGUACUUUGAUCGCGACGUGAAAUGCGUUCGAGAAUUUUUCAAGAGACGUUUCGGAUACGAGAGCAGCCUGUACCCGCGCUUCGGCGACCUGCAGCGCGACGAGCGGCUCGACCACGAGGUGGCGUGCUCCGGGUACCGCCGCUCGCCCCGCCACGACGACGAGCUGCUGCAGGAAAUGGGUAUUGGUCUUCAAAUAAGUGACGAUGAAACCAGUAGCGCUGAAGAGGAGAAUCAGGAACCGGAACAGACAUCAAAAUAUACUGAAAAUGAAAUCACGACACUCAGACUUGAGGUGGAAGCUUCAAUACAACGAGAUGAAACUCCAUUAUUACAUAACGUUAUAAACAACACCGGAAGUUUAUCGAUAAAUGAUAAAGUCGAAACCGAAGAAAUACCAACAUUAGUGUCAACUGAAGCAAAUGCAGAUAAUAAAAACGCAGAAACAGACAAAACUACACAGAAAUAUAGACUGGCUAUGAUCGAGAAAGCUUUAUCGGAUGUUAGAUCAUCCAGAUCUUAUACGUCAGCGAGUACGAUAGCACCAGAAGUAGUAAAACAACAGGUUAAGAAGAAUCUAGAAGCGAGAGAGAAGAGGAUGGAAAGAAAGAAGGCGAUAGCCAAGGGUGAAGCGAGCGCUGUGACGAGACAGAGGAGAGAUAAUAAAGAGACUAUUAGAGAGAGUCACGGCCUGUGGGGUUGGGCGGAGUGAUUGAUCAAUCACUAUCAGCUUAUGAUUUCGUUAUAACUCAGAAAUAUUUACAAUAUGAUUUUUGACAUUGAAAAUAUAAAUAGUUCCAUACAAAUGAAAAAUUAAAUUUGUAUAUUAAAUGUUAUUUGUAUAUCGAGUAAAUAUAUAUUUUAAAAAUA